GAGUUGGGCCUGAAAUUUGAUGUUGUAGAAGAAAGUGAGCCCAGCCCGGCUUGCUCCUUUACACGUUCUUGUACGCCUACUUUGUUAGGGUUUAGUAAAGUAACGCGGGUUCUGCUGCUUCACAUAUUAUCCGGCACGCAGACACUCAAAUCAGACAGAGAGAGGAGGAGCCAUGGCGAGGAUCAAGGUACAUGAGCUGAGGCAGAAGACGAAGGCUGAGCUUUUGGCUCAGCUGAAGGAUCUGAAGCAGGAGCUCGCCUCACUCCGAGUCGCCAAGGUCACCGGCGGCGCCCCCAAUAAGCUCUCCAAGAUUAAGGUGGUGCGGAUGUCAAUUGCUCAAGUGUUGACUGUGAUUUCCCAGACGCAGAAAGCUGCACUAAGGUCAGCUUACAAGAACAAGAAGUACUUGCCCCUCGACCUACGUCCUAAGAAGACCAGAGCCAUCCGCAGGCGCCUCACUAAGCACCAGGCAUCCCUAAAGACCGAAAGGCAGAAGAAGAGAGAAAUGUAUUUCCCUUUAAGAAAGUAUGCUAUUAAAGUUUAAUUAUUAUUACUCACUUAGUGAGUUGUUUGGCUGAACCUGGAGGAUACUCUGCUCCUUAAUUUGUUGUUUUUGUUUUGAUAACCAUACAGCACCAAUGUGUUAAUUUUGUCUUUGCUUCUUGAGAUUAUUUUGAUUUGGACUUUUUUAUUGGUCAAAGAUGUGGUUAUCAUUCUUUUUCACCGUGUUCCGGGUUAUUAUCCAUGUCUGCUCUA